CGGAUUUCAUCCGGAAAGCCACAACAAAGAUGGCGGACCAACCUUUCCGUCAAAGACUUGAGCUCAGGUCACAUCCAAUCGGCUUGCGUUCUUCUCGAAAACAUGUCGCCCAUGAAGCUGUGUGUUCCAGGUGAUAGGCUAUGCAGCACAGAUGACUGUAUGCCCGGUACUGGGGUGUACCUACGACACGGCUACAUCUACUCCUCGCUAGCAGGCUACGUACUCAGGAAGAACGAAGGAGAGGAGCUACCAGUCAUCUCGGUGGUGAGAGAAACCGAGGCUCAGCUACUACCAGAUGUAGGAGCCAUAGUCACCUGUAAGGUGACCAGUAUCAACCCCAGGUUUGCCAAGGUCCACAUCCUCUACGUUGGUUCCACACCACUGAAGGACCGUUUUAGAGGAACCAUCAGGAAAGAAGAUGUACGAGCAACAGAAAAAGACAGGGUGGAGACGUAUAAAAGCUUCCGUCCUGGAGACAUCGUCCUGGCUAAAGUCAUCUCCCUGGGAGACGUCCAGUCCAACUACCUGUUGACCACAGCAGAGAACGAGCUGGGGGUGGUGGUAGCCCACAGUGAAGCAGGAGCCCAGAUGGUACCUAUCAGCUGGUGUGAGAUGCAGUGCCCGCGGACGCACGCCAAAGAGUUCCGCAAGGUGGCCAGGGUGCAACCUGAGUACCUGCAGGCCUGAGCAGGGACCAGCGGGCGGCGUGCACCCCUCACCUCUCCAGCCCCCCCGGCAGGGACCCCUUUCCCUUCCUCAAGGAACACACAGCUUCCCUAUCUCUGAGACAAACACAAUCACUCACACUUAGAUUGUAAACAAUGCAUUGUGAGUACAAAGGACCAAAAUAUUGUAGAGGUCAUGUACAGAUGCUUGGACAUGAGUCAUUGAUUUGACACACACCCACACAGAGCCUUAUGUUCAGGGGGGGAUACCUCAACACACACACAGAGCCUUAUGUUCAGGGGGGGAUACCUCGACACACACACACACACACAGAGCCUUAUGUUAAGGGGGAUACCUCAACAGUAGAUUCCUCCCUCUACAACCUACAGCAAGGCAGCAUUUUUUCCCCUCCUGGUUCUACAAGGCUACAGUAGAGGUGCAGGAUUUUGUUCCAACCCAGCACUAGGACACCUGAUUCAACUGAUCACUGGGGCCUUGAUUGGCUGAAUUAGUCUCGUUAGUGAUUGGCUGGAACAAAAGCCUGCACCCCAUGUAGCCCUUUAGAAGCAGGAAUAAAUAGCACUGAUCCGGGGUUACCUUCUGAUCCGGGGUAACCUUCUGAUCCCAUACCCUUCUCCCUGAAGUGUGCUCUCAUGUAUCCCCCAUGGAUUUACUAGCAUAUGUCUUCCACCAGACCUUUCCUUUUAAAUCCAUGAGAGGUAGUGAAUGAGUGCACACACCUGGGGAGACAGUCACCAGUAUAGACAGGCCCAAUUCCAAAUCGACCCUUAAACCCUACACGCUAGUGAGUAGGGCUUGAUUUGGGAUUGGGCCUCAGACGGCUUACACUUGGGAUGUUGAAGUAAAGCGCUGGAAUUGAAACUGUCAUUUUGUGGUGGCACCGUUUUUAAGACUCAUACGACCACGUGGUCCUUUCUGCACCAAGUCAGAGAAAUGGAGAUGGCUUGUUGGUUUCUCUAAGAGUUGUUUCUUCUGUCGUUUCAAAACAAUACUUGUUUCUUUGUCUCAUUUCUUCCUGUACUUGUCAGCAGAGGCACAUGUGUUUUUAAGAGUCAAAUAAAGUGCAUCAUGUAUGAACUACUCAA